UGAAAUAAAAAUAAAAAACAACCAAACAAACCAAGAAAAUUACCUUAAAAUAAGCAACAAAUAAAAUAAAAGAAAUAUCUGAAAAUAAGCAAAAAAAGAAACUUAAAUAAAGAAAAUUACCUGAAAAGAAGGAACAAAGAAAAGUGAUAAAAAUAAAACAAAUAAAAAUAAAAAACAACCAAAUAAACCAAGAAAAUUCCCUGAAAAUGAGCAACAAAUAAAAGAAAAAAAAAACCCUGAAAAUAAGCAAAAAAGACAGAAAAAGAAAAUUACCUGAAAAAAGGGACAAAAAAGUAAAAAAUGAAAUAAAAAUAAAAAACAACCAAACAAACCAAGAAAAUUACCUUAAAAUAAGCAACAAAUAAAAUAAAAGAAAUAUCUGAAAAUAAGCAAAAAAAGAAACUUAAAUAAAGAAAAUUACCUGAAAAGAAGGAACAAAGAAAAGUGAUAAAAAUAAAACAAAUAAAAAUAAAAAACAACCAAAUAAACCAAGAAAAUUCCCUGAAAAUGAGCAACAAAUAAAAGAAAAAAAAAACCCUGAAAAUAAGCAAAAAAGACAGAAAAAGAAAAUUACCUGAAAAAAGGGACAAAAAAGUAAAAAAUGAAAUAAAAAUAAAAAACAACCAAACAAACCAAGAAAAUUACCUUAAAAUAAGCAACAAAUAAAAUAAAAGAAAUAUCUGAAAAUAAGCAAAAAAAGAAACUUAAAUAAAGAAAAUUACCUGAAAAGAAGGAACAAAGAAAAGUGAUAAAAAUAAAACAAAUAAAAAUAAAAAACAACCAAAUAAACCAAGAAAAUUCCCUGAAAAUGAGCAACAAAUAAAAGAAAAAAAAAACCCUGAAAAUAAGCAAAAAAGACAGAAAAAGAAAAUUACCUGAAAAAAGGGACAAAAAAGUAAAAAAUGAAAUAAAAAUAAAAAACAACCAAACAAACCAAGAAAAUUACCUUAAAAUAAGCAACAAAUAAAAUAAAAGAAAUAUCUGAAAAUAAGCAAAAAAAGAAACUUAAAUAAAGAAAAUUACCUGAAAAGAAGGAACAAAGAAAAGUGAUAAAAAUAAAACAAAUAAAAAUAAAAAACAACCAAAUAAACCAAGAAAAUUCCCUGAAAAUGAGCAACAAAUAAAAGAAAAAAAAAACCCUGAAAAUAAGCAAAAAAGACAGAAAAAGAAAAUUACCUGAAAAAAGGGACAAAAAAGUAAAAAAUGAAAUAAAAAUAAAAAACAACCAAACAAACCAAGAAAAUUACCUUAAAAUAAGCAACAAAUAAAAUAAAAGAAAUAUCUGAAAAUAAGCAAAAAAAGAAACUUAAAUAAAGAAAAUUACCUGAAAAGAAGGAACAAAGAAAAGUGAUAAAAAUAAAACAAAUAAAAAUAAAAAACAACCAAAUAAACCAAGAAAAUUCCCUGAAAAUGAGCAACAAAUAAAAGAAAAAAAAAACCCUGAAAAUAAGCAAAAAAGACAGAAAAAGAAAAUUACCUGAAAAAAGGGACAAAAAAGUAAAAAAUGAAAUAAAAAUAAAAAACAACCAAACAAACCAAGAAAAUUACCUUAAAAUAAGCAACAAAUAAAAUAAAAGAAAUAUCUGAAAAUAAGCAAAAAAAGAAACUUAAAUAAAGAAAAUUACCUGAAAAGAAGGAACAAAGAAAAGUGAUAAAAAUAAAACAAAUAAAAAUAAAAAACAACCAAAUAAACCAAGAAAAUUCCCUGAAAAUGAGCAACAAAUAAAAGAAAAAAAACCCCUGAAAAUAAGCAUAAAUAAAUAAAUAAAUAAAAUUACCUGAAAAGGGGGACAAAGAAAAGUAAAAUAAAUAAAAAAACAAAUGUGCUAUAAAUUAAACUAAUUAAUAUCUGUAUUUAUUUUCUGUGAUAUUUUCCUACUUUUUUGAUGAUUUUCUAAUAACACUUUUCUUAUAAUGCUCAUUGCCUUUUUCUUUGUUUCCUGUAGAAAUGUGUUGCCAUAAUUUAAAGGCUUGUCAAAGGCAUCUGAAUGCAGCACAAGAUAAUGGAUGUUACUUCAGGGUAGUGUGAAAUAUUAGCCUGAUUGUUUCUUGCCACACACACCUGAGUGUUUGUCUCUCUAACACAGAGACAGCAGUGUCUUUCUAAUGUGCUGAACUAAAAGAAGAAGUUCCUCCAGACAGAUGACACCGGGUCCAGCAGCUCUGUGUCCAUGUCUGCCUCUCCCUCCCUGUCUCCCCCGACUCACAUGACGUCAUUUUAUAUCACGGCUGUCAGUUGAUCGGAGAACGAGGAGAGGCCGCGCAUGCGCAGACGCCCUGGGUAUGAGAAAAAAAUGAAGUAAGCGUCACGGACCGGUGCAGCAGCAGCAGCAGCAGCAGCAGCAGUGUGUUGCCAUCACGAAGAGAGCCGCCUUUCCACCCAGCAUCUUCACCAACCGACACCGAACUCGAGUGGGAAACACACACAACUACCAGUCAGACUGUCCUCCGGUGUCCAGAGUUCCCCCUCCUCCUCCUCAAAAUGUCCGUGGGCAGUGACUUUGGAAACCCUUUAAGAAAAUUCAAACUCGUCUUUCUGGGGGAGCAAAGUGUUGGAAAGACGUCUCUGAUCACACGGUUCAUGUAUGACAGCUUUGACAACACAUAUCAGGCCACAAUUGGAAUUGACUUCCUGUCGAAAACCAUGUACUUGGAAGAUCGAACGCUUUCCCUCUCUGAACCCCAGGUGAGGUUGCAGCUCUGGGACACAGCGGGACAGGAGCGUUUCAGGAGCCUCAUUCCCAGUUAUAUACGGGACUCCACUGUGGCUGUGGUGGUCUACGACAUUACAAAUGUUAACUCAUUCCAGCAGACGUCAAAAUGGAUUGAAGAUGUGAGGACAGAGAGAGGAAGUGAUGUCAUCAUUAUGCUUGUCGGCAAUAAAACAGACCUGGCAGAUAAGAGGCAAAUCACAAUUGAGGAAGGUGAGCAGAGGGCUAAAGAGCUGAGCGUCAUGUUCAUAGAGACCAGCGCCAAAACGGGGUACAACGUCAAACAGCUGUUUCGGCGUGUGGCAGCUGCUCUCCCAGGAAUGGAAAGUAUGCAAGAAACAAGCAAAGAAGGCAUGAUCGACAUCAAGUUGGACAAACCGCAGGAGCCCCAGACUACUGAGGGCGGUUGUUCCUGUUAAUACUCAGCACCAUCCUGGAACAAAAAACAUCAUUUACACCACAUGCUUGUUAUGUCGCUUCCUAUUGGUUAACCUGCAGUUGACUUUGCACGUUGAGAAUCUGGCCUCCUUCACCUGACUAUUGGUCAUUGGUUGGAACUAGCAAUAUGUGAAUUUGGUUCUAAAGUAGUGUAGCCUACUUUGUUAAUGAAACUGCCAAAAAAAGUCUUACAACUUGCAAAAAAAGAAAGAAAAGAUGUGAAAAAAGAUCCCCAAGUUACAUCUGUGGAUACGAUUUUUUUAAGUAGAAAAGGAAGUUUCCCCAGUUUCUUUUUUGUAUUUUUGUAUAUUCAGGGAAAUCUCUCUGGAAAGGUUGUUUUUUUAAAAGAUGCAAACAACUCAGCUCUGUGUUUGAGAGCUCGAUAGGAACAGAUGGUUUUAGACGUAUUUUUACGGAUCCCACUCUUGUUAUAGGCAAAAACGGAGGUCGUUCCCACAUUAUUACCUAGAUGCUAAUCCCGUGAAAACCUAACCCUAACCCCUUACACAGCCAUUUUGACUUUCUACCUGCACUUAACCAUUUCAAGGCUUAUUACCUAAACAUAACUGAUUUUAAUCUGAAGCCUAAACCCUGCCGUCCAGUUUGGCAGGCCAAUCACAGCGCUCCUGCCCAUAAUUCCUGUGGGAUCCAUAAUUUUGCGUUGCAGGAACUGAACAGUAACAUCUUGAGUAUCUAAUGCAUGCCUAGUUUUUGAGCAUAGGUACUGUCUACCAGUGUACACAAUAUGUAAAUGGUAACAUUACACCAGUGACUUAAUGCACUCUGAUAAUGACUAGUCCAAGUCUUUUUGUUUAUGAAAACUGUUGAACUGGAUUUGUAUACUUGACUUCAGAAUAUCUCUUUGUCGUGCGUGUGUGUAUAAAUGUGUGCUUUCUGUAUAGGCAACGUUAGAAUGCAGAUAUAUAGAGGGCCACUGCCAAGUCGUGUCAUUCUUGCCACAUUAACGGCACCAUUAAGAUCACCAUUUGUUUGCAGUAUGUCAUAGAUUUCCCCUCCCCACUCACAACAAAAUGACAUCUGCUGUUGCAUCGUGUGAUAUCUUGGUAGUUGUGAUUAUGGUAGUCUGCACAUUAUGCUGUAAGUGAGCAGUGGAGAAUCAAAGCCCUUGCCUUGUGUCACAGAGGAACAAAGUUCCCCGUGUGGUGAUCUGUAGACUUUAAUGAUAGUCCUCCCCCAAAAAACAACAACAUAGGUCGUUUGUACAAGCAGGUUAUUACGGCCCAAAGUCACGUUUAUUUUCAGGUGGCAACCUCUAGUGGCUGUAGUGACAGGAGCAAAGGAGGAAGUCAGGUGUCGUAGUAUAAAGAGCAACAAAGUCUGCAUAGUGAGGAGGUCGGGUGGGCGGACGGAUGGGUCCAGGACACAGGACUAUGACCCAGAAGACCACUGUUCGUGUUGAUGUAGUAUUAGAUCUGAUGCCUAUUUAGUCCUGUGAGACUUGCUCGCCUAGCACAUAUGCCAAGAAACAUUACUAGCUUCUAGUUGUACUUCAGCAAUAUGCAGCCUGCUGAAUAUGCACAGUAGUGUUUCUCCUGCUGGUCCCACUCAAGAGUUCCCGCUCAGCUCACAGACUUUACAUUAUGAUGACAUGACUGAUUUUUGAAUCGCUUUUCUUGGCUUGAGGAAAGUUUUACAAAUAUAAGAGAACUCCAUUGAUCAAAAAUAGUAGAAAGAGUCAUGAUUGACCUUGCUUGCAGUUUGAGAUGUAACCAAAAGUCAAGUUAGGCCUAUGUAUGUAACAUACGUGACAUAAUGUCCUGACGUUAAAGUAAUGUACUCACACCAACUUGCAUGAGUAACUGAAACUACAUAACAAACCUACUUAUUUGGACCUGAACCUCGAUCUUUUCCUACUCCUAACCAAGUAUUUUUGUUGCCUAAAUAUAACUACGUCAUCCACAUGUUAAAAAACAGUGACCGUUAAUGGUCACAUGUCGUUUUGCGAGUCAUUGGCAAAUGAGCUGUCGUUGAGGCAUGAGGACGUGUUGAUCUCAUAGGUAUACAUAGAGAUCUGGAUAUAGCAUUGGAAGCAGGGCCCUGUUAAUUCCUUUGAAAGUUGCUCAGUGGCGCAUGAUGGCAGAAAAGAUCUGGGUAUAAAAUUACCUGGAUCUUCUCCAUCAGUUGGCCCAUAGAGCGAGCGCAGAAGACACUUCAACAAGCGAGUGGCAAAGGUCAGGUUUAGCCCUUUGGUAUUUUUGAAUGGGGAUAACAUGAUAUAAUCAUUCGGCUCUUCUAGACUGUGUUUUCGGACCACAUGGAUGAUAUGGGAGUGAUCGGCACUACCUUCGCACUGUGCAGCCCAUAGAGCAGGCAAACUAGAGACUGACGGUGGCCGAGUGUCUUAUUUCCAUUGGCUGAAUGGCAGAUUUUCUGUUUCGUGCUUUGCCAACUUGAACGACUCUUCAAGACUCCAAAAUGUUAGCAGCAGUAACAGCAGUAACGCUGUUUGGCCACUGUGAAAGUUGGCUUCAAAGCCUGGCGCACUUCCUGGGGGGCUGGGAGCAACACUUUAUGAAUGCAAUUGACUAGACUUGAACAAACGACCUGUGUGGUUGUACCGGUUGGAGGACUUGUUGACUUUAAUGCAGGUUCUGUGAUCCAAACAGACCGCUAACAACUUAAACCAGUGCAUUGUAAACCAGUUCUAUUCCUGACAGAAGACUAAUUUGCACAUGUAGACCUUUCAGGUUAAUAUGAAGUUCUGAAAAGCUUCAUUGUAAAUGUACAGUCACUGAAGACUUGUCUGAUUGUCACGUGACGUGUCCCCACUGAGAUGAGGUCUUUCUUUGCUGCUUGUGUUUAAACUGACUACUGACGCUGGCAUUAUGCAAUGUUGCAAUGUUGUUUAAAUUUGGUCUUAACACACUGGCGGUGAAGUCGGCCAGUGACGAGAACACUACUUUGAUUUGACUCGUCUUUGAAGUGAAAUCUUACUGCACUUUUGAAGAACAUGUUUUAGAAUUAGAGUGACAAUGUAAGUCUUAGAAACAUGGUUUAAAAAAAGAAUCUUUAUCUCCAGAACAUUUGGAGUACUGUGUCUUAGAGUAGACUUUAUGAAUUGUUCACACAUGUCCAAAAAAGGGGAGCACUCUUGUGAGAACUAGUGAACCUUUCUAACCCACAUAAUGAGCCAAAUAAUAAUAAUAAUACUAAGAGACAGAGUUGGAUCAAAUAUCACAGGAGACACAGAUUGGAACACACUCUCUUGUGGGUUUGGGAAAGACAAAGACAGGUUGCUUUUAAAGUUAAAAUCCCUGGAAAUGAAAGACAAAGUGAUAAUGUAUCAACCCUCUGCGUUGCUGCCUAUUUAUUAUCUCCAAACAGGAAUGUACUGCUCUUAUUACUGACCACACAGCCUUGUAAAGAGAGCACUUUUUGAGAAAUGACUCGUUGGGUUUUUAUUUUUAAAUGAGGACAAAUGAUUAUUCAGUAGACGUUCCUUUGUAUUUAUUCCCCUUGCAUAUUGAAGUCCCACUUAGAGGCCCGUUUGAGCAUUCCCUGGAAAUGGACCAAGUAGUGCAACAAAUGUCUUUGCGUGUUGGGGGUCUGCGUUUGAGGAUGGAGGCCGUGGCCAUUCCCUGGGGGUGUGUAUGUUCUGUCACAGCUCUGUACAGCAGACCUGAUCAGUCCAGAGCUGACUCUCCAUUCACACUGUACAGAGAUCUAGCAUGUCUCUCCAAAUGAUUAAUAAAGAU